AACAAAAAGAAAAAGAAAAAAAGAAUUAAAUCCUUUAGAGCUCUCCUUUUGUGGACAUGAUCUGAGCAAAGGUUCAAUUGAAAUUGACAUGCAAGUCGUGAACAGUGAAACCCAGCCGCCACCAACCAACUCGCGGCCAGUAUCGCCGUCAAACUGAACGUUCGAAGCAAGGGGCAAACGUUGGAAACUAAAGAAAUGUCCGUGUCUACGGCCGUCCAAACUCCGCUGCUGUUGGAAACCGUCGAUGGUGCCGUUGACUACAAAGGCCGUCUGGUCCUUCGAUCCAGCUCCGGCCGCUGGAGAUCUGCAUCCUUCAUCAUAGGUGUGGAAGUGGCGGAGAGGUUCGCGUACUACGGGAUCGCUUCCAACCUCAUAACGUACUUGACUGGGCCGCUGGGCGAGUCAACGGCCACCGCGGCCCAGAACGUGAACGUCUGGUCCGGAACGGCGUCUUUGCUUCCGCUUCUGGGCGCGUUCGUGGCCGACUCCUUUCUCGGCCGCUAUCGCACCAUCGUCGUCGCUUCUCUCAUCUACAUUCUGGGACUUGGCUUGUUGACUCUGUCGUCAAUGUUUCCUUCUAUCAGCUCAUCUGGCUGCAAAGACACCAGUAAACUUAUUCCAUGUUCUCCGCCUCAAGCCCAAGUAAUCUUAUUCUUCUUCUCUCUGUACCUAGUAGCACUUGGGCAAGGGGGGCAUAAGCCUUGUGUUCAAGCUUUUGGAGCAGAUCAAUUUGAUGGGCAAGAUCCAGAAGAGUGCAAAGCCAAAAGCUCAUUCUUCAACUGGUGGUAUUUUUGUAUGUGUGCAGGUGGCUUAGUAUCACUUUCAUUCUUGAACUAUAUACAAGACAACCUUAGUUGGGGUCUUGGUUUUGGAAUCCCUUGUGUCACGAUGGUGGUUGCACUAUUUAUUUUCUUGCUUGGAACUAGGACUUAUCGGUAUAGCAUCCAAGGGGAGGAGGAAAGCCCGUUUGUGAGAAUUGGUCGGGUGUUUGUUGCUGCAGUUAAGAAUCGGAGAACCACUCCUUCAGCAAUAGCUAUUGAAGAGGAAGCUCGGGGAACCCUGCCGCACCAUAACUCAGAAGAAUUCAAGUUCCUCAACAAAGCGUUGCUUACACCAGACGGUUCUAAGGAAGAUGGGAAGGUGUGUAGCAUCAGCGAGGUUGAAGAAGCAAAAGCAAUUCUUAUGCUUAUCCCAAUAUGGAUGACAAGCUUGGUGUAUGCUAUUGUGUUUGCCCAGUCCUCGACUUUCUUCACCAAGCAAGGAGCUACAAUGGAGAGAACAAUUGUGCCAGGCUUUGACGUACCGGCCGCUGCUCUUCAAUCCUUUAUUAGCCUUGCCAUUGUUGUCUUUAUUCCCAUAUAUGACCGCAUUUUUGUGCCCAUAGCAAGAGCUUUCAGUAAGAAACCCUCUGGCAUCACAAUGCUGCAGAGAAUUGGAACUGGGAUGCUUCUAUCUGCUAUAUCCAUGGCCAUUGCAGCUCUAGUUGAGAUGAUGAGGCUCAAAACUGUUCAAGAAUAUGGGUUAGUUGAUUUGCCAAAACAGACAGUCCCAAUGAGCAUAUGGUGGUUGGUUCCUCAAUAUGUCUUGUUUGGGAUUGCUGAUGUUUUCACAAUGGUUGGUUUGCAAGAGUUCUUCUAUGAUCAGGUCCCAAACGAAUUGAGGAGUGUGGGUCUUAGCCUCUACCUAAGCAUCUUUGGCGUGGGAAGUUUUCUAAGCAGCUUCCUUAUCUCUGCCAUUGAGAAAGCAACUGGUAGGGAUGGUGGAGAUAGUUGGUUUGCCAACAAUCUGAAUCGGGCACAUCUUGAUUACUUUUAUUGGCUGCUUGCUGGACUUAGUGUAAUAGAACUGGCUGCUUACUUGUAUUUUGCAAAAGCUUACAUUUACAAUCGAGGAAACGCCGUCGAUGGUGCCGUUGAUUACAAAGGCCGUCCGGUCCUCCGAUCCAACUCCGGCGGCUGGAGUUCAGCAUCUUUAAUCAUAGGUGUGGAAGUGGCGGAGAGGUUCGCGUACGACGGGAUCUGCUCCAACCUCAUAACGUACUUGACUGGGCCGCUGGGCCAGUCAACGGCCACCGCGGCCCAGAACGUGAACGCAUGGGACGGAACGGCGUCGUUGCUUGCGCUUCUGGGUGCUUUCGUGGCCGACUCCUUUCUCGGCCGCUAUCGCACCAUUGUCGUCGCUUCUCUCAUCUACAUCCUGGGACUUGGCUUAUUGACUCUGUCGUCAAUGUUUCCUUAUCUCAGCUCAUCUGACUGCCAAGACACCAGUAAAUUUAUUACAUGUUCUCCUCCUCAACCCCAAGUAAUCUUAUUCUUCUUCUCUCUAUACCUAGUAGCACUUGGGCAAGGGGGGCAUAAGCCUUGUGUUCAGGCUUUUGGAGCAGAUCAAUUUGAUGGGCAAGAUCCAGAAGAGUGCAAAGCCAAAAGCUCGUUCUUCAACUGGUGGUAUUUUGGUAUAUGUGCAGGUGGCUUAGCAUCACUUUUAAUCUUGACCUAUAUACAAGAUAACCUUAGUUGGGGUCUUGGUUUUGGAAUCCCUUGUAUCAUGAUGGUGGCUGCACUAGCUGUUUUCUUGCUUGGAACUAGGACUUACCGGUAUAGCAUCCAAGGGGAGGAGAGAAGCCCGUUUAUGAGAAUUGGUCGGGUGUUUGUUGCUGCAGUAAGGAAUUGGAGAACCACCCCUUCAGCCAUAGCUAUUGAAGAGGAAGCUCGUGGAACCUUGACUCACCGGAGCUCGAAAGAAUUCAAGUUCCUCAACAAGGCAUUGCUUACACCAGAUGGUUCUAAGGAAGAUGGGAAGGUGUGUAGCAUCAGCGAAGUUGAAGAAGCAAAAGCAGUUUUUAGGCUUAUCCCAAUAUGGGUGACAAGCUUGGUGUAUGCUAUUGUGUUUGCCCAGCCCUCGACUUUCUUCACCAAGCAAGGGGCUACCAUGGAUAGAACAAUUGUGCCAGGCUUUGACGUACCGGCCGCUGCUCUUCAAUCCUUCAUCAGCCUUGCCAUUAUUAUCUUUAUUCCCAUAUAUGACCGCAUUUUCGUCCCCAUAGCAAGAGCUUUCACUAGGAAACCCUCUGGCAUCACAAUGCUUCAGAGAAUUGGAACUGGGAUGCUUCUAUCUGCUAUUUCCAUGGCCAUUGCAGCUCUAAUUGAGAUGAUGAGGCUCAAAACCGCUCAAGAAUAUGGGUUAGUUGAUUUGCCAAAACUGACAGUCCCAAUGAGCAUAUGGUGGUUGGUUCCUCAAUACGUCUUGUUUGGGAUUGCUGAUGUUUUCACUAUGGUUGGUCUGCAAGAGUUCUUCUAUGAUCAGGUCCCAAACGAAUUGAGGAGUGUGGGUCUUAGCCUCUACCUAAGCAUCUUUGGCGUGGGUAGUUUUCUAAGCAGCUUCCUUGUCUCUGCCAUUGAGAAAGCAACUGGUGGGAAUAGUGGAGAUAAUUGGUUUGCUAAUAAUCUGAAUCGGGCACAUCUUGAUUACUUUUAUUGGUUACUUGCUGGAGUUAGCGUAAUAGAGCUGGCCGCUUACUUGUACUUUGCAAAAGCAUACAUUUAUAAUAGAGGAAGCAAGGUAUGAAGGCAGUCCUCUGGAACUGCAAUUGUUGUGACACAAGUUAGGCUAAGUAACUAAUUCUUACAGCCAUUUGUUUGUCCUUUCCUACAAAAUAAACCCGAUUAUUGUGAAUAAGGAUUCCCUCUUAUUGGCUGCUAGCUAGAAUGGUGGAUAAUUCGGAUAGCCUCAGAGGACAAAGUCAAAGAGCAUAUGUAGAGCUGAGAAAACUGAAUAGGAGAGAUUCUCUGUACUGCCAGACCACGUGGUUCAAGCUAGAGAAAAAAUGGAGGGUUUGCAGAGCUGGGUCCAACAAGAUCCUACGAAUGAGAGCCCUCACUGGGAGAAAGUCAGUUUUAGUUAAGGAGUACAGUGAUCUCAACCAAGCAGAGGAAAGCUUCCUUAGGCAAAAAUCUGGUUAUGGUCUACACUGAAAAAAAUCAUUGACAGAUAAU